CAUCAAGCAACAGCAUUUCAAGUAACAACUAAAAAAGCACAGCUUUUCAUUUAACUAAACUAAAUCUUCAACCCAAGCUUAACAUGAAGAUCUUUGUGACGAUUUUGGUAGCAUCAACCUUGGCUUUGGCCAACGCAGACAUUAGUUUGAAAUCGGGUUAUAACUACAAUGGCAAUAACAUUGGACCCCAAUCCUAUUAUAUGCCACAACAACAGCCGCAACAAAUCCCUCCACCUCAACAACCUCAAUAUCCUACACAAAAUAUUAUACCCCAAUCUUUCCUUAAGCCCAACACUCAAUACUUGCCCCAACCUCAAUUGCAACAUCAAAAUCAACCUCAAUUGCAAUUGCAACAGAACCAAAGAUAUCCUGCUCCCCAAAAGCCUCAACAACAGUUUAACAUGCAAUUCCCCAUGCCUUCCGAUUUCCCCUCCACCUUCAGUUUCCAACCUGCUGUCAACACUAAGUCCCAACGUCGCUAUCGUCCCCGUGUGCGUACACCCAAGAAACCCAUUGUUACCAAGAACUUCUUUAUACACUCAGCUCCCGAGGAGACACAAGCUGAAAUCGAAGAGGAAUUAGCGCCCCUUAACAACAACCCCCGCAAACAUUACAAUGUCUUGUUCGUUAAGACUCCCAGCCAGACCAACAAAGCUGCCGCUCUCAAUUUGGCUAAAGCUAUUAAGGAAGAAAAGACAGUUGUAUAUGUUUUGGCUAAGAAAACCUCCGCUGCCGAUUUGCAAGAUGCCAUCAAGGAUGCUCCUCAAACCAUCAACAAACCCGAAGUAUUCUUCAUCAAAUAUCGCACUCCCGAAGAAGCUGCCAAUGCUCCAACGUCAAAUUCAAUCUCAUACGAUAGUUUGGGUGGUUCCACCACCAUCACUGAUGAAGGUGUUGCUCCCGCUACUUCCGUUAUUGGUUCUCUGGAUGCUUCUGAGGAAGAAGAGGAAGAAGAAGUCCAACAAUCCCAAUUGGAUAACUCUCAAGAACAACAACAAAUCCAAAAUGCUCACUACGACGAACAACAAUUGGUAAAUGCUCUGCAGUCGUCCAACAACAAUGGUUAUUUGCCUCCCUCAAAUCAAUACUAGCUUAAGAUCUUCAAUGUUAGAUAAAUUUGUUAUUUAGUUAGUUAAAAAAGCUGUUACGAUGAUUGUAUUCGCGCCAUCCGUUCUAGUGUUUCAAUCAUUCGUUUUAUUUGAAUGAUAGCGGGUGCGCUACAAUCUGGUCUUUUGUUACUUAUUUGUUACAUUUUGACUAGUUUUAAAAUGUUUUUUCCACUUAAUGUUUAAGAAUUUAUUAGUUUUAAGUUAUAAAUUCACUUUUUUUGUAGAAAAAAAUUUCAUUAAAAAAAUUUCACAAUAAAAUU